AUGGUGCUGGAUAAAGCUCGGCUGAGUGUGGACAAUGGCACGAUGACAAAGACCUUCAUGAACAUAAACCCUGCUGCCAACACUGCUGCUGCUGACACAUCAACUCCCCUGCCAGAACUAAAGACAGAGAAACCUGAGCAACCAGACCCCUCCAGGAUCGAGGUGGUCUCUGUGACAGAGGAAGACCUCCCCACUGUCGAGACCCCCAACACAGUAAAUGUCAGCCCCCUCGGCAGCUUUACUGCUGACCCCCAGUCAGAGAAUACUUCUGCAAAACCUGAAGAGCCCCAGCCUCCAGCUGCGCCCAGUCCAACCAUGCCAAUCACUAAGGUGCAGCCAUUUCUCCAAGAGGAAAAAAGCUGGAAGAACAGACUGUUGGCUCAUCGCUUCGAGCUGCUCAUCGCUUCAGGCGUCAUCAUGGUGGUGACUCUCAUUCUCGGCAUCGGCCUCGGAGUGGGUCUGAGCUGUGUGGGGAAGUUCCGUUGUGGCUCAUCAUCUCAGUGCAUCAGCUCCUUGGCUCAGUGUGAUGGACAGGUGCACUGUGACAAUGGAGAGGACGAGCUUGGCUGUGUGCGUCUAAGUGGGAGGAGCUCAGUGCUUCAGGUCCAGAAAGGGGGGUUAUGGAGGACUGUCUGUUCAGAGGACUGGAACAACUGGCUGGGGGUCUCUGCCUGCAAGCAGCUGGGUUAUUCAAGGUAUGUGGAGUCAUUCUUCAUCUCUCUGACCUCCAUUGAACAGGACCUUCAACACAAUCUAAUGUCCAUUGCCCUGAACCAGCCCCACAUCAUAAAGCUGCAGAACACCACCACUUUCAGUAAGACUGAGUGCAGCUCAGGGAAGGUGACCACUUUGAAAUGUCUGGAAUGUGGCUCCAGGCCUCAGUACAGCACUCGUAUUGUUGGAGGUAACAUCUCCAGACCAGGUCAGUUCCCAUGGCAGGUCAGUCUCCACUACAACGGUGAGCACCUGUGUGGAGGCUCCAUCAUAACAUCACGCUGGAUCCUCACGGCAGCACACUGUGUGUACGGGUUUGCAGACCCCUCCAUGUGGACAGUCCAUGUGGGGCUGACACAGCAGCUCGUCCACGGGGCCCAGUCUCUGGCUGUGGAGCAGAUCAUAUACCACGCUCGCUAUCGGCCAAAAGGACUAGACUACGACGUGGCUCUAAUGAAACUGGCCGUGUCUCUGGUUUUCAAUGGCCUGGUGGAGCCCAUCUGUCUGCCCAACCAUGGGGAGGACUUUGUGGAGGGCACCAUGUGCUGGAUCUCUGGAUGGGGAGCAACUGAGGCCGAUGGAGAGACCAGCUUGGUUCUGCACUCGGCCACAGUCCCCCUCCUCUCUACUAAGACCUGCAACCAGCCAGAGGUCUACCGCGGCCUCAUCUCCUCCUGGAUGAUCUGUGCCGGGUACCUGGAGGGAGGAGUGGACUCCUGUCAGGGGGACAGUGGCGGUCCUCUGGCCUGUGAAGACUCAUCUGUGUGGAAGCUGGUCGGGGCGACCAGCUGGGGGAUCGGCUGUGCCAUGAGGAACAAGCCAGGCGUCUACACUCGCAUCACACAGUCCCUCAGCUGGAUCCGCCAACAGAUGGAGAGGGAUAAAAACCAGAUUACUGCAACUAUUGACAGACAACUGUUGUACAGUACAAUAUUACAGAUAUUCAAAUAAGAGGCAC